CUAGCGGGGAAAUCACGAUUUUGUGAUCAUCAAAAUUAAAAAAAAAAAAAAACAAAUAGAUGGUGUCGGACAAUGAGAUGGGUCUGGCGUUAGCUGUGUCGUCGAGUGUCUUCAUAGGUUCCAGCUUCAUUUUGAAGAAGAAAGGUCUCAAGCGUGCUGCCGCUAAUGGCACCCGCGCUGGGUUCGGAGGUUAUACAUAUUUGUUAGAGCCACUUUGGUGGGUAGGCUUGGUAACAAUGACUUUUGGAGAAAUUGCUAACUUUGUGGCUUACGUUUAUGCACCUGCUGUACUAGUCACUCCUCUUGGUGCAUUAAGUAUAAUCAUCAGUGCUGUUUUGGCACAUUUCCUGUUAGACGAGAAACUUAGGAAAAUGGGAGUUUGGGGAUGUGUUUGUUGCAUUGUGGGCUCAGUUAUGAUCGUCAUACACGCACCUCAGGAGCAGACUCCCAAUUCUGUUGAAGAGAUCUGGAAACUAGCAAUGCAACCAGCUUUUCUAAUUUACGUAGCCAUAUCAAUGUCGAUUGUCCUGGCUUUGAUUCUCUACUGUGAACCUCUCUGCGGCCAAACCAACAUUCUUGUUUAUAUCGGAAUUUGUUCAUUGAUGGGUUCUCUUACAGUUAUGAGCAUAAAGGCUGUGGGGAUUGCUAUAAAGUUAACAUUUGAAGGGAUAAACCAGAUUUGGUAUCCAGAGACUUGGUUUUUUGCCAUGGUUGCAGCAAUCUGUGUGGUUAUGCAAAUGAUUUACCUCAACAAGGCGCUGGACACAUUCAACGCAGCAAUUGUUUCUCCAAUUUAUUAUGUGAUGUUCACAACACUCACAAUUGUUGCUAGUGCAAUCAUGUUCAAGGACUGGAAUGGGCAAAGCACAGACAGCAUAGCCUCUGAGAUUUGUGGAUUCAUCACAGUGCUUACAGGAACAGUUAUACUACAUGCGACGAGAGAAGAGGAACAAGCUUCGCCUCGAAGAAUGAGAUGGCAAGAUUCAGGGAAGAGCUUUAACGAAGAACAUUUGACAAGUUUGUACAGUCCUGAAUAUUAAGAAGGUAAAAAGAUUUAAACCUUGUUCUCCCUCAAAAGUAAUCUUGCUUCUUUGUGCUGAACCAAAGGAGGUUGGGGUCCGAAUCAGAAGAUCAUAUAAUCUCCUAGAGUCCUAGUGGGGAAAAGAAUGUACACUAGCUUUGUGUAUACAACAUGAUAGUUUUGUAAUAGUCUUUUGUGGUUUCUCUAUAUACAAAUUUGUCCAUUGUUUGUUCAUAUUCAUUUAUUUUUGAGCUCUUAGUACAGAUUUGUUACAAUAUAAGAUCAAAUUAAUG